ACGGCAUGUUGCGGAGAACCUGUGUACCGGACGACAAGUGUCUGUCCAGUUCCAACAACUCCAUGUUCCUCUUCUUUCGAUCUGACAGCAUCCACCAAGGAAGUGGAUUCAAGAUUAAAUAUCGAAGUACAAGCAUUGGCAGCUCGUGCGAAGAAGUGAACCUGUACUGGAUUGGAAUAAUCGUAGCCAUCUUUAUUCUCGUCGUUAUUAUUUUCCUGUGUUACCGAAAACAGAUUCCAGAAUGCAGACGUCGGUGUUCUCAGCGACUUUCUAUGAUGUAUUCAUCCGCCCGCUGUACUUCAUUUUCCAAAACAUGUCCAUUCAUACACGAAAAGGUCCGUAGGAUAUGUCUGUGCUGUCUCGGAAGUACGAAGGAAUCGAUUGGUACCUCGCUUCCAGUUCAGAGUGCUAGAGCCGAAAACGUAACUGACGGUGGGCGACAGUCUACAGCUGAAAACGGAGCAGUUGGUGAUACUGGAGGGUUGAGUUCGAAUUCAGGAAGCGAAGCGAUUCUUAUAGAACCACCAGGAGAUGAUGUACAGAUGAGGGUAACACCGAUCGGUUAUAUACGAGCAGAGGCACCCGAUCUUUCCAGCGUUAUGGGUAAUGGAACGGACAAUCCAUCUCCCAACGCGGUUGAAUCGUCACUCAAGUCGGAAGCAUCCUCGAGGAAUGUUGCGUCGGAAACGCUGCCAUCUUAUUCUACGUGCGGCCACCAGUCUAUUCCGCAUCGCAGACAACCGGAAGCGCCGCCUUCUUACUGUUCAUCCGGGUCGCAGGUCAUUUAUGUUAUACCCCCGCCGUCAUAUGAACAAGUAAUGUCGAAUCCUAACGAAUAUAACAGCGAUCAAUUACAAUAAGUUGUUUUAUACCAACAAACAAUGGGGUUUCUUAAUGUCGGUUCUGAAAUGCACUGAAUAAGAAAUGGAAACAUUACCAAGCAACCUAUAGCAAUAGGCCUACAACGAAAGCUGAAGAAGUGAAAUCCCUAAUAAAAUAUCGUUCGUCACCAGAUGCAAAAUAUAUGUGCACGUGCCAAAAUGUAUGGAAAGUUAUUUGUAAGAAUGUAUCUGAUUAAAGAG